AUCCUAUGUGCAUUUGUCGAUAGCCCUACCAGCUAAACCUCAAAGAAGAGACAGAGAUCAGAUGACUAAAGUCGCCGCUUUUCACAUGUUAGCUGCCGCUUUCUUCAUAUACCCGUUCUUGUUCUCGUUCAGCUUCCUAGCUUCCGGCGACAAAGGGGUCGAGACCCAUGGCGUCUUCGGGAGGAUCGUUGACCGGAAGCUGAUGGGCUUGAAGAAGGAGAAGCUCACCCACUUCAAGUUGUAUUGGCAAGAAGUCGUCAGUGGCAAGAAGCCAACGUCCAUCCGGGUGGUCCAGCCUGUCAAUGGCUCGUCAAUUAGCUUUGGGUUGGUCCAAAUGUAUGACAACACCCUGACCACAGGUUCGGACCCUGGCUCAAAGAUGGUGGGCCGGGCACAGGGUCUCUUCACUCAGGCGGGCCAAAACGUGGUUGCCCUCCUGAUGGCACAGAAUUUUGUCUUUCUGCAGGGCAAGUACAAUGGCAGCACCAUCACUGUGCUUGGCCGCAACCCAGUGUUUGAUGCCGAAAGGGAGAUGCCAAUCCUCGGCGGCAGUGGGCUCUUCCGCUUUGCCCGCGGAUACGUUCAGAUCCGAACACACACCUUUGAUCCCAAAACUCUCGACUCCAUUAUAGAGUACAACGUUUAUGUAUUGCAUUAUUGAUGGUAUGUAGUUGGUGCUUCAUUGUUUUCAAAAUAAAUAAUGGUGAAAUUACACCAUAUUGCACAAUUUUAACUUUACUAGUGGAACAACACUUGUGUUUAUAAAGUAUCAUGUACAUUAAAAUGAAAGUCGCGUAUUUAUAUAA